UUCGGUGUUUUACAGAUUAGUUAAGUUUAUCAUUAAUUACUUUUGUGCCAUAAUACCGAAAUAUUAAUUUUAAUAUAUUUGUAAUAUAAUAACUUUAUGAUGCAUUAUGUGUGAUAGUUUGAAGUGUGAAUUUACUUACAGGAAAACAAUGAUUUCAUUAAAGAAAAAAUCAAAUCAAUUUGAAAAUGAAGUUAAUUACAAGAAAAUCAUUUCUUCAGAUAAACCUAUGCCAAUAUCAUACGGAGAUCGUUUUAUACCUAGACGAUUUUUAUUAAAAAAUUGUGAAAAAAACAUUAAAUUUGCCUCAAAAAAGCCUACUAGAGAUGUUCUUUCAUUGUGUACUAGCCAAGACUAUUGGAGAGAAAAUACUUAUUUACCAACGUUAAAUUUGAUAAUGGAAAUUACAAAAGAUCGUGUAUUACAACUAAUGGACCCAAUUGUAAAAUCAACUGGUCUUAUAAUAAAAACAUGCUACCGGAAUAAUAAUGAAAACAAUUGGUUUUUGUACGAUUGGCCAUGCAAACCCCGAUCGAAACCAUCUGCAUCCCUUGAUACAACAUUUGAUCUGCCAGACUAUGACUCGAGUUGCGAUCAGAACCUGGUUGAUUGGUCGAUACGUGGUCAAAUUGCGGUUUCUUUUGGUCACGAUGUAAUAAUUUGGCAAAGUAAAGAAGAUAUAACAAUGGCGUUUGACAUUAAAUGUCCCCGAUCUUUGGCUUAUAGUCCUAGUGGAGAGUUAUUAGCAAUUGGUUGCAAAUCUUGUGAAUACCCAGGCAAGUCAUUUUUAUUGGAACUGUGGGAUGUAUCAUGUCCUCAAGAUUUUUGUGUAAUUUGUGGAAAGGUAUUUAGUUUAAAACACAUUGCUGUGCAAUGCAUUGAGUGGACCUCAACUGGUAAGCAAAUUGUAUGUGGUACACACUAUGGGUCAAUAUAUGUUCUGUCAGUCCCUGAUAUGAAUACAGUUAAGAAAAUACGGAAGCACCAUUUGCCUAUUACUAUAAUACGUUUCUCACCAACCAUGCGUUAUUUGGCUAGCGGCGAUUCUGAGGGAAACAUUGUCAUUUAUAAUUGGAAUAUGUGCAGUGUUUAUCUGUAUGUAAGAUCCAGACGUAAACUCAAUGUUGUUUUUGAUUGGCAUCCCUGGACUGGAGUUGAUUUGGCAAUUUCUGAGGAUGUUCCUGCUUCCAUUGUCCUUCUACAUGUUCCCACUAAAAAAAUCGUUGCUUAUUAUCAACAAAAUGGAUCAAAAAUUGCAAUAAAUUAUAUAUCGUUUAGUAAACUUACAGGGGAAUUACUAGUGAGCACUUCUAGUCAAGAUGGCAAUGCAUGUAACGAUUAUAAAGUUUUAGUAAUGUCAUCGCUAGAUAGGAUUGUAGACAUAUUGAAAAUACCAGAUGGUGGAGCUAGAUUUUUAAUGUGGAGUCCUGAUGGUACAAAGGUUGCUACAACUGGCAAUGAUGAGACUCUUACUUUAUGGAAUUUCUAUUCUGCGAAAAAAAACAAUUAUUUUAAGAAACUAAAUGGACAAAAAGACAACUCAUCAAUGGAAUCGAAAUUUGGAAAUCAGUUUAAAAAGUGGUGUUAUUUAAAAUGACAAACUAAUAGUAUAGCAUAUUGUUAUAGUAUAGCAU